AUGUCGAAUAACAGACUACAAUCAUAUUCUCCGUUCACUACUGCUAUGAAGUUGCCUGUUGAAACAAAAUUCCAGCUUCCAGCACCAAUUCCAACUUGGCCCUCAGGCACAAGUUUUGCAAGUGGAGUAAUUGAUCUUGGAGCAUUGCAUGUUUCCCAAAUCACAUCCUUAAACAAAAUUUGGGCUACUUAUGAAGGAGGGCCGGAUAAUCUUGGUUCAACGUUUUAUGAGCCAGAGUCGAUCCCAAAAGGAUUUUAUAUGCUUGGUUGCUAUGGCCAACCAAAUAACCAGCCUCUCUACGGAUGGGUUCUUGUUGCUAAGGAUGUUUCUUUACCUGUUGAGCCACCAGGGCUCGCGUUACCAACUGAUUACACACUUGUUUACUCUACUAAGCCUGAUCAUGUUGUCCAAAGUGGCGUCGGCUACAUUUGGCUUCCAGUUGCACCUUAUGGCUACUCAGCUAUAGGCUACAUUGUCACGGCCUCACCAGAGAAGCCUUCCCUUGAUAAGGUCCGCGUUGUUAGAUCAGAAUUAACCGAGGCAGUUGAAAAGGACAUGAACAAUUGGAUUUGGGGAAGAGACAGAUUCAAUAUAUAUGGCUCAAGACCGGUGGAUAGAGGAACUAAGGCCCUUGGAGUGUCCAUGGGAACAUUUAUUCUUCAAGAGGAUAAAUUAUCCUGCUUGUCAAACCUGAACUUGAGUUAUCCUAGUAUGCCGAAUUUGAACCAAGUUGAAGCACUAAUUGAAGCUUAUUCCCCUAUGGUAUACUUUCAUCCUGAAGAGAAAUACUUCCCCUCUAGAGUAAGCUGGUUUUUCCAAAAUGGAGCAUUGCUUUAUAGGAAAGGGCAAGAAUCUAGUCCAGUCCGAAUUGCACAAAAUGGCUGGAACCUCCCUCAAGAUGGCUCCGACGAUGGUGCCUAUUGGAUAGACCUCCCACGAGACGAAGCCUCAAGUGAAGGCCUCAAGAGGGGUGAUCUGCAAGAUGCUUACUCCUACUUGCACGUAAAGCCUGCUCUUGGUGGCACAUUUACAGACAUUCAAGUGUGGCUGUUCUACCCUUUCAAUGGUCCUGCAAAAGUUAAAAUUGGGUGGAUUACUAUUACAUUGGAUCAAGUUGGAGAGCAUGUCAGUGACUGGGAGCAUGUCACACUAAGAAUCAGUAAUUUCAAUGGCGAGUUAAGAAGCGUUUACUUUUCUAAACAUGGUAAAGGGGACUGGGUAAGUUCCUCGGGUCUUAAGUUUGAGAGCAAUAACAAGCCUGUGGUCUAUUCAUCGCGGUAUGCUCAUGCUUCAUACCCUAUAGAUGGAACAUUCACACACAGGGUUGCAGCAGAAAAGAUUUUUGCCGGGGCAAUAAAUGAGACCUCAGGAAGUGACUACAAGAUGGACACUGGUGCGCGUUAUUGGAUAGUUGGGGCGGACUAUUUGGGGGGCUUUGGCAUUGUGCAACCACCAUGGCUAAAUUUCGCGAGGCAAUGGGGUCCCAAGAAGGACUUUAAGGUGGAAGUUGUUUUGAAAGGACUCGAAAAAUUGGUGCCUUCUGUGCUCUGGAAGAAGUUAGAGCAGUUUCUGAGAAGUCUUGCUCCAGAGCUAUUAGGUGAAGAAGGACCUUCCGGGCCAAAAUGGAAAGAUUCUUGGAGUGGGGAUGAAAGGGCUUAG